UCCAUCACUCUAAGGGUCUCGAAAAGAUUACCAGGACAACAAAUCCCUGCAUCCUCUGCUAUCUUUUGCAUAAUCCAAGAUGAAAAACCAAUCUGAUCUUACUCCAGCUAGCGUUCCGGUAGCAGUAUUGAAGUCCAGUGGCCGGAAAAUCCCACUCUUAGGAUUCGGCACCGUAGCAUUUCCAAACGUGGAUCAUGAAGUUGUGAAAGCGGCGGUUCUUGAAGCAAUUAAGCUGGGUUACAGACAUUUUGACACUGCAACUCUUUACUACUCAGAGGAGCCAAUUGGAGAAGCCAUCGCUGAAGCAGUUUCGCAGGGCCUGAUCAAAUCAAGAGAAGAUCUCUUCAUCACCACCAAGCUCUGGUGCAGUGAUGCUCAUCCCGGGCUUGUCCUCCCAGCCCUCAAGAAUAGCCUCAAAAAAAUCAAGUUGGAUUACAUAGAUCUCUAUCUUAUCCACUGGCCUGUGAGUACAAAACCCGGAACCUACGAGUUCCCGAUGAAGAAAGAAGAUUUUAUGCCCAUGGACUUCAAAGCUGUUUGGGCAGAUAUGGAGGAGUGUCAGAGAAAAGGACUCGCACGAAGCAUCGGCGUCAGCAAUUUCUCCUGUAAAAAGCUCUCUUUCAUCCUGGCCAAUGCACAGAUACCCCCUGAUGUCAACCAGGUAGAGUUCAAUCCACUGUGGCAACAAAAGAAGCUUCGGGAGUUCUGCGAGGCCAAUGGCGUUCUGCUCACUGCUUACUCUGUUUUAGGAGCUUUAGUAAGCAAUGGAGGAAGCAAUAAGGUGAUGGAGUGUGAGCAGCUGAAGGAAAUCGCCAGGGCCAAAGGGAAAACUGUUGCCCAGAUUUGCCUCAGAUGGGCAUGUGAACAAGGAGUUUGUGUACUCGCCAAGAGCUUCAACAAGGAGAGGAUGAAAGAGAAUCUUGAGAUUUUCGACUGGGAAUUGACGGAGGAAGAAUCAAAGAAGAUCGAUGAGAUCCCACAGAGCAGAGGAUAUCUUGGAGAAGAUUACAUCUCUGAGCACGGGCCAUACGAGACAUUUGAGGAGCUCUGGGAUGGUGAAACGUAAGCUGCAGCAGAGGGAAACGACGGACACUACUUACAACUAGGUCUCGUGCGUGCCAAACUCUUUUGUUAAGCAAGUAGGGAGGAACUAAUGAAGCUGAAUCUAAAGAGCAGGAGUCUUUUUAGUAGAAGAGUCGUAAUAAUGUUUUAAUUGGUGCUCGCAUGAAGAGGCACCGAAUUGCCAGUAUAUUUUGAAUUCAAAUAGACAAAGUACCUUGAAAGUUCUACCAAA